GUAGUAGAACUCUCCCUGGACGCGGUCCGGCCCACUCUCGCACUAGCCUCUUAGGGGUUGGACCCCUCUCGGCCCAGACGCGAUCCCACCAGUCGCCAGCGCCCGACAGCAGGACUGUGGGGGGCGGGAGGGAGCAUUGCCAUCUCCUGGCGAGAUGAAGCCUGAGGGGGGGCAGCUCCUCAUUCGGUGCCUGUUUGCAGAGCCCACGGUCUAGACUCUAGAACCGUGGUUGAGGGUUAGGGGUGGGUCACAGGCCAGGGUUCGAAUUUCGCCCCUGCUCUAGGCUGGCUGCAUAACAAUUUGGAGCCAGACUUUUGCCCCUCUGCACCUCAGUUUCUCUAUCUGCAACGUGGAAUUAAUGAUGGUACUUAGCAAGCAGUGGGAAGGAUUAAAUGGGAUAAUGAGGCAAAGCCCUAGCAUAUAGUAAGCCCUUAACAAGUCACUGUUGUUGGUUUCAUCUAGUGAUACAGUCGAAAUUGUGGUGAUUUAGAUCUUUGACCCACCCCUUGUCCUGUGUUGUGUCUCCACAUACAUUCAUUUCUCUUUUCUAAGCACCCCACCACCACCCCCAACAUGCAGAUUUCUGCUGGGGGAAGGGGGAAGCAUGGAAGAUGCACAGAGAUGCCUCAGUCAUGUCCCUGCCCUCUUCCAGUGAGUCAGUUGUCUGUGACAGGCACUAGAAAUAGUCUGGCUGGGGAGACAGACAUAAACAGACUGUACAGCCAGUGCUAGGGAGACCUAGGGGUGGAGCAACCGACUGUACCAAAGAGAAGUGGUGUGAAAGUUCACACCUGAGCUAGAUUGAGAGGGAUGAGUAAGUUUGACAGGCAGUGAAUGCAAAGAUUCCACAGUGGUGUGUGAAAUGGGACGGCAGGAAAAAACAGGAAUGGUUGGUUGGGACUGGCUUCUGGAACGUGUUGAGAAGAAUCUCUGCUGCUGUCUAAAGAAUGGAUUGGAGAGGAGCACUGUUGCAUGGUUCUUCACCCAGGAUGACUUCUGGAUCAGAGAUUGUAGAAGUGCUAGAAGAGGAACCAGUGACAUCUAAGACUCAUGAUCAUCAACUGGAAUCAGAUCCUAACACUGCGGAAGCCUGUAGUAAACCGUCUGCCUCCCUGGAGAUGACCGAAGGUGUUUCGGAGGAACAAAUUCACCUUGGCUCUAGCCCUAAAAGAGGGGGAAGUUGUGAUCUCAGCUACCAGGAAGGACUUCAAGCCAGGCCCUUUCAUUUAUCCCCCCAAGAACAGUCUGCCCAUCGUCAAGACAGGAGGCAAUCCUGGCGGCGAGCAAGUAUGAAAGAAACGAACCGUCGGAAGUCACUGCCUCCCUUUCAUCAGGGCAUCACAGAGCUCUGCAGAUCCAUCAGUGUCAAUGUAGCUGAAAGCAAGCGGCUGGGCUCUCUCCUGCUUUCUAGUUUCCAGUUCUCUGUUCAGAAACUUGAACCUUUCCUAAGGGGCACUGAGGGCUUCAAUCUUGAAAACUUUAGAGCCAAAGCAUCUUCUAUUUCUGAAGAAUUGAAACAUUUUGCAGACAGAUUGGAAAGUAAUGGAACUCUACAAAAAUGUUUCGAAGAUUCAGAAGGCAGAGCAUCAGAUUUGUCUCUUGAAGCAUCAGUGGCUGAGAUGAAGGAAUACAUAACCAAAUUUUCCUUAGAACGUCAGAGUUGGGAUCAGCUCUUGCUGCACUACCAGGAGGAGGCUAAGGAGAUCACAUCCAGAGGAUCAACUGAAACCAAGACCAAAAAUACUGAAGUUGAAGUAGAACCUACAACAUAUCUUGGGUCGUCCCAGAGUGAAGUCCUUAAUACAAAGCCUGACUACCAGAAAAUAUUGCAGAACCAGAACAAGGUCUUUGAUUGUAUGGAGUUGGUGAUGGACGAACUACAAGGAUCUGUGAAGCAGCUACACGCCUUUAUGGACGAGAGUACCCAGUGCCUCCAGAAGGUGUCAGUACAGCUCGGGAAGAGAAGCACACAGCAGUUAGAUUCUUCACCAGCUCGAAAACUGCUCAAGCUUCAGCCACGAGAACAACCAACCGCACAUUGCUCUAAAUCUUGUCAGUGACUUUUUGAAGCUUUACUGCCACAAGGUCCUCUAGAGGAGAGAAAUGGGAAGAAUGCCCCACUACUCAACUGGAUAGCAGGCUGAGCUGUGACAUCUGCCCUGUUGCCUUUGAAGAUUACUGGCUGACUAUGAAGCACUUUGAUUUUUUUUUUUUUAAAGUGAUGGAACUUAGGCAUCUGAAAAAAUGUUAUGUAGACACUUUUUCCAAGAGUGUACAGAAUGAUUCAGACUUCUGCUUUGGAAUGACCUUCAGAACUAGUGGCCUCUUCUUUUAAAUAUCCUUUUUGAUCAGAACCCUUACUUUUGUGAAGAUGUUUUUCAGGUUUUGAAACAACCCAGAGUCAUUCAGGACCAAAUCCAAUGAAACAUGGGGUCAUUCUGAUUGUAAAGGAAUGAGACUGAU